AUGGAGGAGAGUACUCUUUUCGGCGAGGACUUGCCGCUUCCACCGGCCCGGCUUUUUGAACGAUUAGGCCAGUUACCUGGCUAUACCUGGGAUCAGGCGAUCGAACCGUUUCACUCGACAUACAACCACUGGCAUAUCUCAGGAUACCGUCAUGCCUUAGAGCCGGAUGCUUUAACUCCUCUGGCAAAUUCCUCCAAUGCUGCCUCCUCCGGACCGUCGAGCCUCACGCGCUUCUCCCCGCGCACCGAAAUCCGGCCAUCCGCCCAAGCCUUGCGCAGAUUGAGCGCCAGCGAAACCAGCAGUGAGAUUUCACUUUCCAACCACCAUAGCCUGGAAACAGAUCAAACAUGGAUACCGGUCAUCGCGCGAAUUUCCACCAACAUUAUCCGGCUCGAACGAGAGUUUCACAUGCUCAGGUCAAUUGUACAAUCGUCAGAUCCGGAUUGUAAUCAUACAAUACGACCAGUCGACUUAAUCCGGUUACAGCCAGAUGGCGGCCACUCGAAGACGCUACUGGUUGCGAUUUUUGAAUCUCCAGGCCAUGACAGGUUGCGAGAUCUGGUCACAUUUGGCCCUGCCUCAUUUGCGGCAGGGUCCAGAGGCGAAGACAACAAUGCCACCCCUAGCGAGCAGGUCUCCUUACAGGCCUUUUUCGAUUUCGCAAUCGGCGCAUGCGAUUGCCUGGAGAUCCUACACUAUGGCCUGAAGACAGUGCACGGUGAAAUCAGAGGUGAUGCGUUCCAUUUUUGUGCAGAGACUGGUGCAGUGAAGCUUGCCAACACCGGCAACGGUGCUAGGUCGUUUGAUAACGUUCUCAGCGAGGGCUGGUCCUCCGUUUCACGCGAGCUUGGAGCCAAGUACAAGCUGCAAUUUAUUGCUCCAGAGCAGACGGGGAGGAUGCCCACAGAGCCGGAUAGUCGCACUGAUAUUUAUGCGCUGGGCCUCUUUUUCUGGUCUAUGCUGGUGGGAAAGCUACCAUUUGAAGGAACCGACCCCGUUGACGUGGUACAAAAUGUACUAGGCAAGAGAUUGGUGCCAGUAUCUGGGAAACGAAUGGAUAUUCCGGAUGCUUUGUCGGCUGUGAUCCAAAAAAUGACACAAAAGAUGGUCCAUGAUCGCUACCACACAAUUUCAUCUGUGAAGAGAGAUUUGACCCAUAUUGCGAAAUUGCUUGGUGAUGGUGACAGUGAAGCAUUGAGCAAUUUCCAAGUCGCGCAAGGAGACGUGUCUUCUUUUUUCACUCUCCCAACGCAGAUGUUCGGGCGUCAAGAAGAAUAUGACAAGAUCAUGAAUAUCAUCGAAAAGGUCAAUAAGCGCCAGGCGGUUGCCUUGGCCAAAGCUGGAACCCAAAGUCCCGGUACAAUGCAUGCUCUCACAUCGGCAUCGUCCAUUUCUGAAAGCCGUAUCGAAAGCCUUGAGUUUGCUUCUGUCUCUAGCGAUUCUGGCUCCUUCCAUCUGCCUCCUCGAUCGUCUUCUAAUGUCACCAGUCAUCAUAUCGCACAAGUAAACAACCUUGAAUCUGCGCCGGGUAGUGACGCAUCGUUUUGCACUCCGAAGCAAUCAAUUGUCCCCGAUGCGUAUGGCCAAAGCCCAGGAGCAGCUUCCAGCAGAGUCAAGAGCCCAUCGCAUUCUCGGUCUUCCCAUAAUACAGACCGCGAUAGUCACCCCUCCGUCGGUCCCCCCUCCAUCGGUCCCCCCAGUCAACCAUCAACAAACCACACUGUUAGUCAAUCGGGAUCCCUCCAUUCCUUGAAUAAAUCGAAGAAUAGUGGGAAGUCUCGUCGCAGUGAGCGCUGUGAAGUGAUCACAAUUAGCGGUCCCGCUGGGAUUGGAAAAACGGACCUCUUAAAUCGGAUACAGCCAGCAGUUCGCAAACUCGGAUGCAUAGCAAUUACGCGUCUGGACCGAGCCAAACGUGUCCCAUUCGAACCUUUCGCAAAACUAUUGGCCAGUCUGUUGCGCCAAACUUUCUCUGAGCGCGAUGUCACCACGGAUUACCAUAAUAGUGUUAGAAUGGCCCUGCGACCGAUGUGGCCUACUCUACACAGAGUUUUGGAUCUUCCCGAGCAGCUGAUGUCCCCUGGCGCGAAAUACAGGCCGGUUGAAGCAAACGCCAAUCUUCUCAUGCCAGAUAAGGGUGAGCCAUCCAAGCACGCCAACAUCCCUGGGCUGGAUCAAGGGCAGACUUCGCAAGAUUUCUUUUUGGCAAAUGCUGCCUCGAAGAACAUGCGGCUCAUGGAAACAUUCCUUGAGAUAUUGCGAACGUUGUGUAAUUUCAAACUGAUCACUAUAUGCCUUGAUGAUCUCGAACAUGCAGACGACGAAACUUUGGACUUGGUAUUGAAAAUCAUCAAAGCAAAGCUCCCCUGUGUCCUCAUAUUGUCAAGCCGCAAGGACGAGAUUCCAUCUGACCAGGUGAGGUCUCUGUUCGUGGAAGAUCUACCAUCGAUCACGCGAAUCGCACUGGAGCCCCUCCAAGAGGAGCAUGUCAUGGAAAUUGUAGCAACGACAAUGCACCAGAAGCCCGAUCAAACAUUGACACCACUCUGUGCGGUCGUCCAGGAGAAGAGCCGAGGAAAUCCCUUCUACGUUCGGGUAAUGCUUGAGACUUGUUACAGAACAAACUGUAUUUGGUAUUCAUGGAAGGACUCAAAGUGGCUAUUCGACCUCGAUCGGAUAUUUACGGAGUUUGUGGCUCCUGUCUACGGCGAGGGGCUUGGACUUGGAUUUCUCACCAAGCGUCUUCAGGACAUUCCCCAAGCCGCUCGAUCAAUCAUGGUUUGGGGAGCUCUUCUGGGCAGCCCGUUCUCUUUUUCUCUGGUGCAAAAGCUCUUGACAAGUGAAUUUCUUUAUACGAGCAACGACGACGACGACGAUGUUGAUCUCACAUGUCCGCAAAAUGUCACACUUAUCAGACAAUCAGAAGGUGAUAUAGUUGUCGGAUUGCAGUUUUUGGUUCAAGCAAACCUCUUGAACACGGGAAAGACCGACGAUGAGUUUAGGUUCGGCAAUGAACGACUUGCACAGGCUGCUCUCUCUUUGAACGAGAGUCGAAAUGUAGAAAAGAUGCAUUUCAUCGUUUCACAAGCGCUGAUGAAAUAUUACCACGACCAUCGCAGUCGCUAUUCGAUGGCUCAUCAUGUGGCACUUGCGUCGCGGACUAUCAAGUCUCGCGUCAGCAGACGCCUCGAAUAUCGACGGAUCUUAUGGGAUGCCGGACAAACCGCUUUCCAGUCGGGAGCGCGGCCUUCCGCACUUUGGUACUUCCGUCAUUGCAUCGCUUUACUUCAGGAUGAUAUGUGGAAUGACCUUCAACCUGACGUUUAUUACGAUGAAACCAUGCGGCUAGUUAUCACGACCUCCGAGAUGUUGUGGUCUCAAGGUCACAAUGAUGAUGCCCUCCAGUUGAUCAACGAAGUGUUUGUUCAUGGCAAGGACGCCGUAAGCAAGUCGAGAGCCUGGAUCAUUAAAGCCAAAAUCUUCGCUCAGAUUGGCGAUCAUCACCGCUCGAUGGAAUCACUUCUCACCUGCCUUGAUGAGCUUGGUGUGCAUCUUCGUCAACCAACAACCUAUGAGGAGUGCGACGCUGCCUAUCUUCGCCUCAAGUCCUAUCUCGAGACUGCCGACCUGAGAUCAAUCGCUCAAAAGCCAGUAUCCAAGGACCCAACUAUAGUGACUAUCGGCUCAGUCAUGGCGGAGGCGAUGACAGUCACGUACUGGGACGAUGCAUUGACUUUUUAUCGCAUGGCGCUUGAAGUGAUAAACAUUCAUAUUUUCAAGGGUGGAUUCACACAGAUCGCAAUAGGUUGUUCCCAUCUCGCCAUGAUCUCCAUGAGUCGCUUCAAAGAUAUAGAAUUUGGCACAAGACUUAGCGACCUGUCAUUGGAACUGCUCGAGCUCUGCCCCGAAUUGUCCACUCAGAGCAGAGGCUCGAUCGUUCAUAAUCUCUACGUCAGCCACUUACGUGUUCCUAUGGCAUCAACACUACCGGCCUUGGAAGCUUCGCUGGAGGCUUCUUUCUCAAUGGGUGACCCAUAUCUUACCCUGAUCAGCAUCUCAUCAAUGGCCAUGACUCGAUUGUAUCUGGGUCAAGACAUGGCGCAGCUGGAAGCUUUCUGCGUGGAAACCCCCGAAGAAAUUCCCAAGUGGAAACAAGAUACCCGCGGUGGGGCUAGUCUUAUUGCAGUCCAGCAAGUUUCACGCGCUCUGCAAGGCAAAACCGAAUUCCGAUCUGCCGACGGCAUCAUGUCAGACGCCAAUCACAACACAUCUGAGUAUAUGACGCACUUAGAUGUUAACUCCAGCAACGCUGACAGACCCCGUGACAUCUACUGGGGUCUUGCCAUGAUCCCACUGUUCCUGUUCGGUCACCACACCAGAACAAUCCAAGUGGGUACUCAACUUUUGUUCACCAGGCACAGGCUCUGGUCUGCACGUGUGUCCUACGUGAUUUAUUUCUACCUGGCAGCCUCACUCCUCACGCUUCAUAAUGACAAUCCCUCCCAAGGAUAUCUCGAUGGCAAGAUGGAUACACUCUUAGAAUACAAGGCCGAAAUCGAUUUUGCUCGAGAUGCAUCAGAGGCAAAUUAUGGCAUGUGGGCUCUAAUUUUAGAAGCCCUGAUUGCCGAGGUUCGCAACGAUCAUAGCGGUGCCAUCCAGGGCUUCGAGUCUGCGAUCGACCAUUGUCAAAUCCAUGGUUGGCCCCUCGAAGAAGCCUUGGCCCUCGAGCUGCAGGGUGAGUUUUUGGUUAGACGUGGAGCAAAGAGGGCGGCUCGUGCUGUGAUCCAAGAUGCCAUCGCUUCAUGGAGCUCCAUUGGCGCCGGUGGCAAAUCGUCGCAGCUUGCUGAGAAACAUGAAUGGUUACUCAAGACAGCCACAUCGGCAAGAACCGUCGACGUUGGCUGUCAGACUGUUGAUUCACUCCUUGAGAUCAGCCGUGAUGUUGUACAAGAAGAGAUCUUGAUCCCCCAGCAGAUGGAAGAGGAUGAGAGGAGACAACAGUGGAUUGAGCAAAAUGGUGUUGCAGCCGGAGAACGGUCUCUAGACAUAUCAAGUGUCGGUCUAGACAUUAUUGACUUGUCCAGCAUUCUCGAAUCCAGCCAAGUCAUGUCAUCUGAGCUUCAAAUUGACAAGCUUUUCACGAAAAUGCUUGAGAUCAUCUUGGAGUCCUGCAACGGUUCCGAUUUCGCCAUCAUUGCUACCGACUUUGAUGACAACGGCUUUGCAAUUGCCGCAGCAGGUGAUUCUGAAAAGGGCCAGAAAUCAUUCCCAGAAGGUCUCCCGUUCUCAGAAAUGGAGGACCGGAUGGCCUUGCAUAUCUCGGACUAUGUCAUGCGCACAAAGGAGGAAGUUCUUGUUCACAACGUUCUCGAGGAUGAACGGUUUUCUAACGUGAGCGAGACCUACCUGGCAAAUUUCCCUACGGGUCGGUCUGUUAUAGCAUUGCCAGUCGUGCAAGGUGAUCGUCUUCUCGGCGUCAUUCAUCUGGAAGGAAAACCAAAUUGGUUCACACAGCGUAACGUUGUGGUCCUGCAUUUGCUUUGCAACCAGAUUGGUAUUUCGUUGUCCAACGCGUUGCUCUUCCGUGAAAUCCGCAAGGUCAGCGCCAAGAAUGCUUCCAUGAUUGAGUCCCAAAAGCGUGCAUUGGCAUUGGCACGCGAGGCCGAACAGAAGGCAAAAAAUGCGGAGGCCGAAGCCAAGCACAACGUGAAGCUAAAGGAAGAUGCAGCAAGGGCCAAAUCAAUUUUCCUUGCCAACAUCUCUCAUGAUCUGCGUACUCCGAUGAACGGCGUGAUUGGUCUGUCGGAACUCCUCAAGGGCACUUACCUAGACAAGGAGCAAGAUGAAUACGUCGAAUCGAUUCGUGUGUGUGCCGAUACCUUGCUCACCCUCAUCAACGACAUUCUCGAUUUCUCGAAACUCGAGGCCGGAAAAAUGAAGAUCUCCACGGUCCCACUCAAUCUAAAUCAAACCAUAUCAGAAGUCAUCCGGGCUUUGCGAUACACACAUCGUGACAGAGGCCUAGAAACCAUCGAGAACCUCGAUAAAGUACCACUAGAGCUCGUUGUUCUUGGCGACCCUGUUCGUCUCCACCAGAUUUUCAUGAAUCUCCUCAGCAACAGUUACAAGUUCACUCCUGCUGGAUCAGUUACGGUCAAAGCGAGGGUUGCACGCGAGGGCAAAGGUCGGGUUCGCCUUGAAUGCUCGGUCACCGACACCGGCAUCGGUAUUCCAGACGAACAAAAGGCUCGCCUUUUCCGACCAUUCUCGCAGGCUGAUGCAUCCACAGAAAGAUCAUAUGGCGGUAGUGGCCUUGGCCUAUCAAUCUGUAAAGCUAUCAUCGAAGAUGUUCUCGGUGGAGCUAUCUGGCUCGAAUCGAAAUCUGGAGUUGGAACGACUGUGACAUUCCACUUGGUCUUCAACAAAGCGCCCAAGAAGACGGCGGUCAAGACUGCAUGGUCACAAGACCUGAGCAAUGCAGAAAACGAAGUACGUCGGGCCUCAGCUCGGGACCUCACCCAAAUCCCUCGUGACCAGAUCCGAGUGUGCAUUGCGGAAGACAACCCAAUCAACCAAAAGAUCGCCGUCAAAUUCGUCACUGGGCUUGGCCUCCAGUGCAACGCAUACAGCGACGGCAAACAAGCCGUCGAUGCUCUGCGUGCAAGCUCCCAAGAAGGCAAUCCAUUCCACGUGGUCCUUAUGGACGUGAUGAUGCCCACUCUUGACGGAUACAACGCGACCCGCGAGCUGCGUCGGGAUCCCGACCCAAAUGUAAACGAAGUGCUAGUCAUCGCCAUGACGGCAAGUGCCAUCGAAGGCGAUCGCGAGAAAUGCCUGGAGGCUGGCAUGAACAAUUAUCUCCCGAAACCGGUCCGCUCGCCCAUUUUGAGCGAACUAUUGGACAGAUAUCUCGCCCCCGCGCCGCCAUCUUACCCCAAGUCUCGUCUUGCUAUUCGAGAAAAGCGUUCGAAAGCAAGUAUAGAUGGUGGCCCCGGCACAUCUACCAGUUACUCCUCUUCGGCUUCAGACGAACCGAAACCGAAGCCAUUGUCACUGGAAAAGAAAUGA